AUGCCUGCCUGGGUAGUGGAAGGCGGGGCAACCGUAGAUCUCCCUCUACAAAGAACAUUCAUCCGAGACUCGCAAGAAGCUAUUCAAGAAUCAAUAAUAUUGUUUUCUCAAGCCAAUUAUGAGCCUAGACGGACUGAAGUUCGUGCUCGGACUUCGAGGCGGUCGCUUGGUGGCGUGCAGCGCCACGAGUCCCAUGCCGCCCUCCCCGCACCAUUUUGUCUUGGAGACAUUCGCAGAGGGAAGCUGCAAGACGCUGAAGAUCCAAAGAGCAAGACGACAAUGUGGUUCCUGACAGGAGGCCUUGUGGUGAUGGCAGUCAUGUUCUCCGUCCUUGUCUAUUAUUAUCAUCAUAGACAGCCUACUCAGGUAUGUGUGUUCAUCAUGCGACGAUUUUGUAUGUAACAUAUAUACAUAACACACUCAAUUUCGCCGGGUGUGUAUCUUACGCCUGUA